AUGGACUGGCGCGACUCUGAAGCAUCUGAAGACGACGCUAACCUUCAGGAUGAUCCUCGGUUGAUGCUGAGGAAGAGGAGCAGUAGAGCUUGCGACCAAUGCAGAAAAACAAAGAGCAAAUGUGAACGUGGUUCUGGAGACAAACCACAAUGUAAAAGUUGCGCCUUAGCGGGAACAGCUUGUACCUUUCUGGGACCCAGCUACAAGCGUGGACCACCAAAAGGCUACAUCCACGCCAUAGAGCAGCGAUGGCACCAAGUCGAGUCACUGCUGGGUGCUAUUCUUCAAUGUCCAGAUUCCCGUGUGCAAGCCAUUGUAUCUGAAUUGCGCCAAGACGACCUCGCUCGUGAAAUAUUGGAGAGAGUAGAUCUAGGUCCAUAUGGUCCUUCUGGUAGAAGGUGUCAGUUGCCUGGAGCUACGAAGGAAGAUUUUUUUGCAUCAAUCUUGAGGAGCAGCGAAACGGAUAACAGCCGCGACCCUUCUCGGUCUCGUAGACAAUCAAGGGUGUCUCGAGAAAUUGUUUCUUCUAGUCAAGAUCACGGCCUCUCAGUGGUUCCUUCAAAAGAAUGGCAGGACAACUUAUCCAGUCGACUGGCUUUCCUUUCCGCUCCUUCUGUAAAGUUUGGUUCCUAUUCUGGCUCGAAUAUCCCCUGGGAUAGCACACGACAUGCUUCUCAAAAGAGACGGUUGAACGAGUCUAUUGGAAAUGUUCCUACUCCCCCCGACUGGAGUUCUAUGUACACAAUCGAUCCGGCUACAGACGCUGCCGAGUUCGACGAGACUACAGAAGGGUUAGGCCAGUUAUCCCUUGACGAACAUCAAGAAGUCCGUUUUCACGGCCAGUCUAGUGGACUUCACCUUCUCAGCAGAAAUUUUAGGACCGACGAUCGCAAUGAAGGUGGAAUAUGGUGUGUCUGCUUGGAGAGAGACAGGAUCUGGCUGAUGUCCGAUUUCAGGAGACUUCCAAUGGCACGUGUCUGGCCAAGCGCUAAAAUUGGCAUUCCGUCUGGUCCUCUCGACCAAGAAAAUGUUAAACUACCCCCACUUGCUGUCCAGGACCGGCUCCUUGAGCUUUAUUUUACGUAUAUUCACCCGAUCUUCCCUGUCGUCCACAAAUCCUGCUUUCUAUCCGAAUAUCAGACUAGGAAAACGGGUGAGACAACUGGAGCCAGGAUGAAUUCUCCAAUGGGCUCCUCAUUUUCUUCGCCUCGACCAGAACCCACUCAAGAGGUCACUCCGUUGUUACUUCUGUCAAUGUUUGCGGUUGCAGCCCGAUUUGGUGAAUGUGACGACCCCUUGCCCCCAAAGGGAAAAAUGUGGGAGGGUGGUUGCUUUUACCUGGAUAAUGCAAGGACAAUUUUGAAUAAAAUCUUCCACCACUCACGCCCCUCUACAGUACAAGCUCUCCUCCUGUUGGGGUAUCGCGAAUUUGGCAUUGGUUCCAUGGAGCAAGGCUGGCUAUUUAUUGGCAUGGCAAUUCGAAUGGCGUUCGACCUAGGACUUAAUUGUGACUCUACCAAUUGGAAGAUACACGGCCACGACCUGUUCGCGCCUCAAGAAACCCAAACUCGUCGUCAGAUAUGGUGGGCUUGCUGCCUAGCCGACAGAUAUGGAUCAGUGUACAUGGGUCGGCCGAUUAUGAUAAAAGCUGGAGAUUUUGACCAGCCCUUACCAAAUGUCGACUGUGUCGAAGACGCUUACCUAUGGCAGCCAGCGGUCCAUACAGACUCCGUGCCAUAUUCUGCAGUCCCAGGAAGAGUGAUGAGUAGCUUCUGCGCGACGUCGAGACUCAGUAAAGCUUUACGAUCAUUGUUCAGUUUCUGCUUCUCUGAACGUUUUGUAGUUGUGAUCGUUGGGUCCAUCAUUUCCGAAGUUUAUCCAGUACAAAGUCCAAACCGAGGUUCUAAACAAGCUAUCGUCGCAGAUCUAGAGAGCCGCCUUGACCAGUGGUACAUCACCCUUCCUGAACAAUUACAAUACCAAGCAGUGAACAAAAGACAAAUCCCUCCUCCUCAAAUUCUGUUGCUGCACAUCCGUUAUUGGGGAGCUGUUUUACUUCUACAUAGGGCGUUCUCGGACGAGACAAUUCGAGAAUCCACUUUCGCUUAUAGAGCCUUUGAUCUCGCCCAGGCCGCUGCUAGUCACAUCAGUGCUAUAGUGACUGUUUACCGAGAGACUUUUACUUUGAAGAGAACUUCUCCUUUCCUUACUUCAUACCUAUUCAGUGCAGCGCUAAUGCAGCAUCUAACACUGACACUACGACCAAGCAAUAUUGAAGCCUCCCUUGGACUGGAACGUUCCAUGUCGGCUUUAAAGGAAAUGGAGAUUGUUUGGCCAAGCGCGGCGCGAGCUUGGGAACUACUAAAAGGUGUUAACCUCGGGCCAGAAAUUUCACCCUCGCCUCCGUCAAAAUUUCCAGAGCGUAACAAGAGACCCGCUGAAGACGCUUUUGGUCAGGAAAAGAGUUCCGACUUGCUUCAACGUGAAGCCUUUGGAACUCCUUCGAACGUUUUUGAUCAAAAUACCAUAAGUGGGAGUGGCGUACAAGAUACCAAUACGCGACUAAUGGCCCAUAUGCUUGGUCUUGAAAUUCCUGGCAUUGAAGCGUCGACCUCCUACUAUCCGGGGUACGAGUGGUGGCCACGGCCGAAUCAGCCUGAUUUGACCAUGCCUGCUUCCCAGUCCACUUCAAUUGGUGAUCCCAAUCUUCUUUUACCAUUGCAUACGGACGAUGGGUCUAUAAAUCGGGUUCAGCAGGCAGAUUGGGUCCACGCAUCUGCUCCGGAUCUCAAUGGUCUGAACUAUGCCUACGAUUUCCAACAAUUUGGCGUCUGA